CCCCUUCCACAGUACCGUCAUGGCUGCACUACCGUCUAUAGCAAGCCGGCUUAUUGUGCCGGUGGCAAUUGCUGCCGCGGCCGUUCAGGCCAGCAUCUACGAUGUACCAGGAGGCUACCGUGCUGUGAUGUUCGACAGGUUUUCUGGUGUCAUGGACAAGGCCAAGCCGGAAGGCACGCAUUUCCUCGUUCCUUGGUUGCAGCGAGCUAUUCUGUACGACUGCCGUAUCAAGCCGCGGAAUAUCUCGACAACUACUGGCUCGAAGGAUUUGCAGAUGGUUUCUAUUACCCUACGAGUCCUCUCACGCCCAGACGUCGAGCACCUCUCCAAAAUUUACCAGGGCCUGGGCCUCGACUACGACGAGCGAGUGCUGCCCUCAAUUGGAAACGAAGUUCUGAAGAGCAUCGUCGCGCAAUUCGAUGCCGCCGAGUUGAUCACACAGCGGGAGGUGGUAUCAUCACGUAUACGGGAAGACCUGCUUCAGCGUGCUGGAGAGUUCAACAUCAAGCUGGAGGACGUGUCUAUCACCCAUCUGACGUUCGGGAAGGAGUUCACUCAGGCAGUAGAGGCGAAGCAGAUUGCUCAGCAAGACGCCGAGCGUGCAAAAUUCAUCGUUGAGAAGGCGGAGCAAGAACGCCAGGCUGCGGUCAUCCGCGCAGAAGGCGAGGCCGAGGCGGCGGCGACGAUAUCGCGGGCUUUGGACAAGGCAGGGGAGGCGUUUGUGACGUUCCGAAAGAUCGAGGCGAGCAAGGCGAUUGUGCAGUCGCUGGCGGCGAACCCGAACGUGACAUAUAUUCCGAGCGGGGGCGGGAAUGUGCUGUUGAACGUGCCUGCGCAGAAGUAGGGGUAGGACGAGAUGUAAUAGGAUUAGUACCGGCUAUAAUAGGCUUGUACGGGCUCCGGU